AUGACGUCAAUCGUGUCUAUCAAAGCCCGUCAGAUCUUCGACUCGCGCGGCAAUCCGACCGUCGAGGUCGACGUUGUCACUCCGCUCGGCUUGUACCGCGCGGCAGUGCCCAGUGGCGCCUCAACAGGGGAGUUCGAGGCGCUGGAGAUGCGUGACGGAGGCUCGGCGUACAUGGGCAAGGGCGUGCUGAACGCCGUGAAGAACGUGAAUGACGUCAUUGGUCCCGCUCUUGUGGGCAAAGACGUGACGAAACAGGCCGAGAUGGACCGGUUCAUGGUCGAGACUUUGGACGGGACGCAGAACGAGUGGGGCUGGUGCAAGAAGAAGCUCGGGGCCAACGCCAUCCUCGGCGUCUCGUUGGCACUCUGCCGUGCCGGUGCGGCGGCCAAGAAGCAGCCGCUGUGGCAGUACAUUGCUGACUUAGCUGGCAACCCAACGCCGUGCUUGCCCGUGCCGUCGUUCAACAUUAUUAACGGGGGCUCCCAUGCUGGUAAUAAGCUGGCUAUGCAGGAGUUUAUGGUCCUUCCUAUUGGGGCGACGAGCUUUACUGAAGCCAUGCAAAUUGGCUCGGAAAUAUACCACAACCUGAAGAAGGUGAUCAAAGGCCGGUACGGCCUCGAUGCUACGGCGGUGGGUGACGAAGGCGGCUUUGCUCCUAACAUUCUGUCGAACGGCGAAGCUAUUGACCUCAUUGAGGAGGCAAUCAAGGCUUCGGGGUACACGGACAAGGUCCGUCUUGGCAUGGACGUUGCUGCCUCGGAGUUUUACACGGGAGCAGCAGACGCUCGCUAUAAUUUGGACUUUAAGAACGAGAAUGCUGCGGACUCGGAGAAGAUCUCGGCCGACAAGCUGCUGGAGGUGUACGAGGGCUUUAUUGCCCAGUGUGCCAGGUCGAGCAGCAUCGUCUCGAUUGAGGACCCGUUCGACCAAGACGACUGGGAGUCGUGGAAGAAGAUUACGGCCAAGGUCGGCAAGGACGUACAGAUCGUGGGCGACGACUUGACAGUGACGAACCCGACCCGUGUGAAGAAGGCUAUUGAACAGAAGGCGUGUAACGCUCUUCUGCUGAAGGUGAACCAGAUCGGUACCAUCACCGAGUCGAUUGAGGCCGUGACGAUGGCAAAGAAGGCCGGAUGGGGCAUCAUGGCUAGCCACCGCAGCGGGGAGACGGAGGACACGUUCAUUGCGGACCUGGCGGUGGGUCUAAGUGCUGGCCAGAUCAAGACGGGCGCUCCGUGCCGUUCGGAGCGUUUGGCGAAGUACAACCAGCUCUUGCGUAUUGAGGAGGAGCUGGGAGCCAGUGCUCGCUACGCCGGCGCGGACUUUCGUGACGUGGAGAAGCUCGGUAAGUACUCGACUUUCUAG